AUGACCGAUACUGUCAUCCCUCAGGUUAUCAUCCUCGACGAGCAAGAUGUCGAAGCUAAAGAAUGGUACCUUCGUGGCUGCUUUGCUUUCAAUAAGAGGACGGGCGGCGCCCAGAAGACCCGCCUCGGGAACCUUCGCGCUGUCCUAACCAACGCCGACCGUAUGUGGGACAACGGAUCUACUAUCACGUACUGCUUCGUCAAGCCCUACGUCAACAUCAAGUUCAAGUUCGUCACCAGCAGGAACGCCACCAUCCGCAUCGCAUUCGACGAAGACGAGGGAUCGUGGUCUUACAUCGCUCGCGAUCUCGAGAGCAUCCCGUGCAACCAGCCUACGAUGAAUUAUGGCUGGGUGUCCACAAAUCCCCAAAUUAACGAAGAGGACCGAGGCGUUAUCUUGGACGACUUCGGCCACUCGCUUGGACCUCCACGAGCACCAGUCCAGUCGCCGUGGAGAGAAGAUCAUUCUCGACGAAGAGGGUGCGAUUGGUGGACCCCAGCCGAUGUUCGCCAGCAAAUUCUUGACGUCUACGACGACACUGAAGCCAGCAGCUUCUCUUCUAUUAACUUGACCUCCAUUAUGAUUUACUUCAUGCCAAAGGAAAUGAACGUCGAACGCAUCGAGGUCCCGCCCAUCAACAAGCUCUCCGAGUCCGACAAGGCUUAUGGGAUCAUCAACUACCCAUUCAUCAAGACGCCUUCGUCCAACCCGCUGUGGAACAUAGAACACGCGCGCGAUGUCGCCGGAGUCCAAGGCGAAGCCCGCGAGCGCAUCUUGUCCGAGGGAGACUCGAAGGGAAGGGCCGCGUUGGAGGCUGCAGGGAAGUCUCAAGUUGUCACAGGAUCGACCGCUGAGUCUACAGAGUCGACGAAGAAUUGA